UGACAAGGAGAUAUGUGUGCGCAGCGCACAAAGACAUGGGAGGAGGCGUUUGUUGACAUCAUUCCAUUUUAAGUACUCUUAUUUCACCCUCAUAUGUUUUACCGACAAACCUCCAAUUGUCAUCGAGAAAUCUGUCUGAAUGAGAUUGCCGGAUCGUUGGUGUGAUCAAAUGCGAUACGUCAUUGAGAGCUGCAGCCAUUGGCUGAAUUCAGCUCAUUUUUCUCCAGAAUUUGCAACCACGACCGGUCUUCGCCUCCGGAGCAGCGAGAUCCCUACAGUAGAGGCAGGUGGACUCCCUUGGGAACCAUUCCACUCCAGAGAAAUGAAUGCAAUAUAGCGCACAAGUUCGCAGGGGUGGAAAUUUAUAUUCGCUUUCAUCUCCUCAAUUCUUCCUUGCAAUAUAGACCCUAACCGAACCGGACUAAAUGAGUGCCCGGACCUUGGAGAGACCGGCGCUUUCCAUUCCCCAUUGUGCCUUAAACGGAACCGCUCGGACCAACAAUGGCACCUGCUUUGACCGCGUGGAUCAGUUGUUUCAGGCGUUUUCCUCCACGGUCGUGCUUUUCGUGCUCAUCGCAUUGAUCAUUGGGAUAAUAAUCGUCUCCAUCACGACCUUUCACUUCCACAAAAGCAAGAUGAAGAAGCGCAAGAUACAGAAAGCCCAGGAGGAGUACGAGCGCGACAACUGCAGUCCUAAAGCGGCCAAAGGCAAGCCGGUGGUCAGGCAGUGCGUAAUGGUGAGACCCCCCACGGCAGUGCGCAAAAGUGAUCCGAACAACGAAGAUCCUGGCGUGACGCCUCAGAUGCCCGAGGAUACGAGGCACACGGGACAAGUAAACGAUGAGAACUUGUUGGAAUCGGUGGCUGUAUCUUGAUAAAGCAGUGGCAGCUUUUCCUGAACGCUGUAAAUACCUCUGUAUUGAUAUGAUGUUAUCUACGGAAUAUAGAAAUCAUUUGUAUAACUUUUCAUCGUAAGGUUUGGCAGGAGCCUCUGAAGGAAAUUGUCUUCAGGUUUCAAUGGUUUCGGAGAAGAAAAGACUUGUCAGAAACCCCCCCCCCAAAAUGCUAAUGGGACUGCGAUCAUUAUUUGGAAAUCCUACUGGGAUUGAAAGAGAAUCCUCUAAAAAUCUAAUGAAAGACUAAGAUUAAAAUCCUACUUGAUAAAAUGUAGUUUUGGGGAAAAGGCAGGGAUCAAUUAAUCCAUAAAAGAUGGCACUGAAUGCUAAAAAGGAAUAUUUGAGUCCUAAUUUGUAGCUAAUCCUAAUGGUAUUAGGUAAAGAGAAUCUAUUAAGCAUGGAAUAUGUGAUUAACAUCAAGGUAGCCCAUUUUAUAUUUAAUUUAAUUCAAAUGUUCAAUUAAUCCAGUAGGAAUUUAUUUGAUGCUUGUUUAUUUUAUGCAUUCAAUAAGCCCUCUUUUAGGAUUUUUUGACAUAUGCCCUUUAUCUGUACAUGUGAAUUAACUUGUCCACUCUUCUUAUGUCGUGCAACCUGCAGUUGUAAAUUGCAGGGUUGUUGUUGAGGAAUUGUAAAAUUGUAAACAGACAAAUUAUUGACCCAUUGACAAAGUAUGGUUAUUAACUGAACAACACGCUGUAAGAUAUUUCUAAUAUAAAGGAAAGUGACGUUCACAGAUAAAGACAUGAUUCUUUUGUAUAAAGCUUGUACAGGCGCUGUCCAAUGCUUUGGUGCUGAAACAGGGUCCCAAACAUUGGUCUUGUGUAGACUCUCAACUUACAACAAUUUACAUUUGUUUUGAGAACAUUUUUAGAUGUUACACUUAGGCAACAUUGUUGUUUCUUUUGACUAACAGGUUUCCAAUCUGGGAUUUUUUGUUUGUUUAUCUCAGUGGCAUUGUUCAAGAUAGAUGCUCAGUUCGUGCCAUUCUGUCUUGGCAUGAAUAGAUUUAGUGUUUUAACCCCUUUAUCCCCAGACUGUUAUAAUGUGCAAUUGCGGCUGCUAGUGGUAGUAUAGUCUAUACUUGUUUUGUUCAUGGCACUGUAUAAUCAUAGUAAAACUUAUGUAACCUGAGGCAUUUUGUGUUACAGCUCUGUAUGAUGCUAUCCUUUUGCCUUUUCGCUCUAGAGUAAUAUAAUGAUCAAGUAAUAUAUUUUUAUUUUAGGAUUCUAAACUAGUAUAUCAGUCAAGCUACAAUAGCCUAAAUAAGAGAACAUUUUAAAAGUUAUUUCAUGCAUUUGACGUUGUGUUGAACCAGAUAUGGAAGUUAUAGACAGCUAUCACGUAUUGUAUAACAACAGAUAUUGGAGUUUGAACUUUGGUUUUAAUUUAUUCCAUGCAUAUGAUUUUGAAUUACCAAUAAAGUAUUGUGGAAAAGGAAA